GAUGGUGGCCUCCUUUCGUUUCUCUUUCCGUUUAUAUAGUUUAAUUUAAAAACGUUUACUUGGUCACGAUUGAGUCAUGUCGAAAGCCUAAUCGAAGUUUUCUUAUUGAUUAUUGAGAAAAACUGUUUAAAUUUUCUCCUGUCGAUAUAUUUUAUAUAUACUAAGUGAAACGCGUGUUAUAAAGUCGCGUGCGGUGUGCGUUGUACGUUCAUAACCUAAUAUUUAGAAAGUUUGUGUGUUCAGUUCGGAAAUUUCAGUUGAGAAACGAUGGCAAUGAACGAAGAUAUUAAUUUUGCUGAGCUUUGUAGGCUCUGUUCAUUGAAAGGAAGCCAACACUUACAUAUAUUUGAUAAAGAAGGCGAACAACGACAAUUACAUUAUAAAAUACGUUCCUGCCUUUCCUCCUCGAUAUCUAAGGAUGAUUCACUUCCAAAAAUCAUUUGUCAGAAAUGCCUUUCAAAAUUGGAAAUGUUCUAUGAAUUUCGUUUGACCUGCAUAACUACAGAAUCGCUGUUGAAAAAUUAUGCAGAUAGUAUGAAGAAUCUUGUAUCGGUAACCAAUCUGAAUAGCGACAAAGAUAAGAUGUCAAACGGUGGACAACAGCAAAGAACGGCGUACGUGGAAGCCCAUGCUGCAAUCCAGCAACACAUGGCACAGCAAGCCGCCCAGGCGAGACUGACAGGUCCAGUUCCACCUACUAACCCACAGGUUCCUAAUCCUACAUUCACUUUACCUGACGAUGGUCUCGGAUACGACGAUGGUGUUCGUGUUCUUCGUUCUAUUGGCACUUGGUCACCUGAUUAUUCGGCAGUAAUGAGACCAGGUGGAGUGAUGCCUGCAUUUCCUGGCUCAACAGAACAACAAUUUCCAAGUUCACGAGCCCCCUCGAUCAAUCAACCGCUUCGAACGACCAAUAACGUAGGAAUACGUCCAGGAUCAGUAUCCAAAGCCACCAAUACCGGUGAACCCAACACAAAAGCAUUCGCAUGUACCGUAUGUGGAAAAGGUUUGGCUCGUAAGGAUAAAUUGGUCAUUCAUAUGCGCAUACAUACCGGAGAGAAGCCCUAUUCCUGCGAGGUUUGCGGUAAAGCGUUCGCUCGUAGAGACAAAUUGGUGAUACAUAUGAACAAGCUUAGACAUAGACCUGGAGCUACGACAUUGUCUACACCUACGGCACCUAAUACGGAUCAACAACAGCAACAACAACAACAGCAGCAGCAGCAACAGCAACAACAGCAGCAACAACAGCAACAACAACAAGCGUCACAACAGCAACAACAGCAACAGCAACCACCUCGUCAAGAUCCUGUUCAUAAAUUAAAAGAAGAACCUGUUAGUUGGGCUUGCGAAUUAUGCGGCAGAGUGUUAGCCACGCGAGAUGAGUGGAUGCAACAUGCUCGGUCACAUUUGGAAUCUUCUCCAGUACCGCCACAACACGCAGCCCCUUAUUUUCCUGCCUCGGUUCCGCCGCCACAGCCGUACUCAUCAGAAAGGCAUUUUUGUUUGAUGUGUCGCACGGAUUUCACGGAUAAAGCGGAAUUCAUGUUCCACGUUCGCACUCAUUUUGAUCCACACACUAGCCAACAAACUCAACAACAUUCUAGUGGAAAACAAGGAAGUGACCCGGCAACAGCUGAACUGAUUGCUCGUGGUCUGGUUGAUGCCUCGGGUAUAUGCAGCUAGAACUACACCGCCUCAUCAAGUCGUUUUACCGUCGAUCCGUGUCUUACCAUAGUACAAGUACUCCAUUGAAUCUCGACCAGAAAUCGUGCAUAGAUUUGUCAUGCGUUAUUGUAAUUAUAAUGGUAUAUAUAUAUAUUUAUAUGUAGGUUUUUCAGGUCAAGAUAGCAAUCUUCAUCUUAAAUGAACAAAUUGUUAUCUUCACCUGAAAAA